CAAUUUCAUUGGCCGAGCACCCAAAACUCACUGCGCAGAAGAACGACGCCGAGAACGAGACGUUCUUCGUUCGGCGGCAAUCGGAGAGAACAGACGUGUCGUGUCGAUCGUUGAUCCAUCAAUUAAUAGAUUUUAUACGUCAUCAAAGAAAAGUACUUCGAAGUUCGACGUGGGUAAUGCAGAGCACUUCGAUGUUCGACGUGGGUAAUGCAGAGCUACUCCGAUGAUUAUCGACAGCAGAGCCACUACGUGGUCCUGUAUCAAGACAACGGUUGAUUCUACUGAAGAUCGAUGUUUAUGGAACGGAAUGCUUGGAAAUAUAAUUUUAGGGAAUUAUUGUUUGGUCAGGAACUAGCUUUAGGACUAUGAAUUUGCACGGAUUGCCAAGGACAUAGGAAUAUACAGGGUGUCCCAAAAAUGGUGGAGCGUUAGUGUCGCUCCUUUACGUGCCAUUGAGCUCACAAUCUGUUUACGAACGUUAUGGAACAGACCACCAGUUUGCUGCAUGAUCGAACAGAAAUCACAGAAUCGAACAUAAACAGAUCCGAAGAUAUCACCAUGGAAGUUGACAAACGAUGCCGCAAAGUAUGCGCUAUUUUGGGCUGCCGAAGUAACAAGAAGAGAAUGUUUCAGUUUCCCUGUCCGGUGAAGGAUAACGACAGGUACAUGCAAUGGAUUACAGCUUGCAGAAGGGAGGAUUUUCUUCGCCUUUCACCCAAGAAAGUGAGGACAAAAGUGGUGUGUGACCUCCACUUUGAAGAUCGAUACCGCUUUCCAACCAAACUUACAAGAGACGCAAUACCAACCUGCAACUUACCAGAACCUGCUGCACUUGUAGAGCCACAGGAGGAAACCGUAAUAGAAAUUACAGAAGAAGAAGAACGUAAGAUUUUGAUCUCUAUACGUAUGAUAAAACAAUAUAUAAGCAUAAUGGUAAUACAGUACAUACAAAUGAUAAGACUUCAAACGGUGGCUCGCGCAACAAUUACGAAUAAAGACGAAAUAACUGAAAAGAUUCAUCUUAACAGACAAUAAAUUAUGUUUAUUUACAAACAAAAUUCAAGUCCAAAUUUUUGUGAAAAUAUUUGCUUUAUACAAAUUUAUUUUUUGUUAAAUCUAUAAAGUUUUAUUAUUUUGUUAGUAAUAAAGGUAGUCUAACAUGUUUUUAGUAUUGUGUAAAAAUAUCAUCAACCUUAAAAUAAAAUUGACCGAAAUAUA